AUGGAUGUCUUCCAAAACAUGAGCGCCGCGCCGCUCGAGCCAGCAAAGGUACCCUACAAAUCAACGACGAUCAGAAUCCCGAAGAACGAUGGGCUUUUGGCGCGCAAGCCCAGGGACAGCCUGCUCUGCACAGUCUGCGACAGACCAGGACACCUGAAAUGUUCAGGAUGCCACUCGAUGCGAUAUUGCUCUGUUCAAUGCCAGAAGCUCGACCGCAACACGCACAAAUUCUUCUGCAAGUCAUUCGCACGGUUCACGGACGACAAGCGGCCUUCCCCUCAUCACGUCAGGGCCAUUGUGUUUCCGGAGCACAAGACGCAGCCGGAGUGGACGUGGGUCUUGAGGAACGAUGACCGCACUGCUCUCUGUCUGUCGCACAUGUACGAGCGUCUAGACACCGACGGCCUGACGGAGCAGAUGCCUGUCAUGUACAUGAGCUGCACGGUCAAGCGCGUGGCGCCACACUGGCUCUUCAGCCUCAUCCUCAGCCAGUCCAACGAGCGCAAGUGGACUUCGAUGAUCAACCAGAGCGUGUUGAACCUCGGGCCCCCGGGCCACCUGAUGCUCUACUGGGGACCUAUGCUGGUGGUUGGAGGGACCCCUCAGAUGGCACCUCCAGAUCAGCAUCACGAACAUCCAAUGAUCAACCGCCUCGAGGAUGUGACUCUGGACGACACACCCUUUGUCAUCGAAGCCGUUCUUUAUGGAGACCACGAUUCUCCAUGCGUCGUCGACGUCCCCAGAUACUCCAGAUACUGGAAGUCCUUGCCAGGUCUGAAGGUGAACUGCCUGGGCGACUGUUUGCGUUUCCACAGCGAGAAAGACUCGUUCAACAUCCCCAAAUGGGAGGCCACAGCCGUCCACGAGCGAGUCACCGUACCCAACAAGAUGGAACUCAACCUGUGGCGGCAGUUCCCAUGCAUCCUUCCCUUCCUGCUAGGCCUCCCGUGGCUGUGCCGCCGCGCCGUCAACUGCUUCCCCGAGCCCCAAGAGACGCCCAUCGACUGGAAGUUCGCCGUGUCUAAGCUGUCCAACUCGCACCUGGGCAGGGUCCACGCCUGCCUGUACCAGCACGGCUCCGAGUCCUGCGGGUACCCCAGGCCCGAGGUGGAUCCCAAGAUGCCCGCCAACAUCGAGGAGCUGAACCCCCCGGGGACGAGGAUCCUCGUGCACCUCUACGGCGAGCCGAUCCUCAUGGGACACCUCAAGGUGUUCAACUUGUUCGUGAAGCAGGCGAAGCUCGACGACUGGUGGAAGCCCGGUUUUGGGUACAAGACGUUCAACAGGGAGCUGUUCCGCCAGUUCUGGGCCGACAGGAAGAGGGCGAACGACGUCCAGUAUGUGGACCUCACGGACGUGCCUUGUCCUUAUGCCUGGAUGGAUAAGCCCCGGCAGGAGGACAGGUACGUCGAGGGGUUUGCGCAGUUUGAACGGCUUUUGCAGGAUGCGGUCACUGAUGUCUACUUCGACAAUGUGUUCCGGGGAGGCAGGCCGAAUCCUUGGGCUGGAGGUACCGGGGACUGGAGCGAGUAUUUUGACCCUUUGAACUGA